UCCUGCUUGCUUGUCGCCUGCUGCUCUAGAUUAGAGACCCCCCCCCGCUUUCACACAACUUCCAAGCAUGGUCAAGGUGGCUGUGCCCGCGAAGCUCGCCCUGGCAGCGUGCCUCUACACGGCGAUGGCGUCGGCGACGACCGUCAACUUCAUCAACAAGUGCUCGUACCCGAUCGACCUGCACCACAGCCAGACGGGCUCGGCCUCGGCCAGCAUCGCAUCCAUCGCGUCGGGCGCCACCUACACGGCGGACGCCAGCGGCCCCGCGCACAUGUACCGCCACUCGAGCGACAACUCGGCCACGCUCUUCGAGGUGGCCUGCGACCACGCCGUCUGGUACGACAUCAGCAUCAUCCCGCCCGGAUCGGGCCACUGCGAGAGCCUCGACGCGUGCAAGUCCGCGGUCGGUGGCAAGAUCGGCUUCAACGUGCCCAUGACGGUCACCCCCAAGUCGAACGUGGGCAAGGGAAGCUGCGCGGCGCUCGACUGCCCCGCCGACGGCUGCAGCGACGCCUACCAGUUCCCCAAGGACGACACCAAGACGCACCACUGCCCGUCCGGCACGGAGCUCGACGUCACCUUCUGCAACGGCGGCGAUGGCGACAACGCCGACCAGUCCCAGCAGCAGUACCAGAAGGGCGGCGUGGAAGUGUACAUCGGCACGCCCGCCGCCACCACGGCCGCUCCUUCGAACGAGGAGCGCGGCGCCACGCAGCAGGGCAGCCAGAACCCCGAGCAGGGCAGCCAGAACAACGCCAACCAGGGCUCGCAGGGCACGGUGCAGAGCUACUCGGACCUGGGCACGGUCAAGGCCAAGUACGAGUACAAGGGCAAGAACGCCGGCAACGUGGCCGGCUCGUACAACCGCGUGACGGACCUGACGUCCUGCAGCAAGGAGUCGGUGAGCGUCAACAGCCCCGUUGGCCCCAUGUCGGAGCCCGUGUCCAUGAUCUUCCGUGGUCCCCAGGUGAUCGAGAACAUCGCCGUGUUCAGUGACGAGGGCGGCAACGGCACGUGGAGCCGCGUUUCGUCGUACUCGCGCCAGGACGGCAAGACCGACAACCUGGUCUUCAUGAACAACAAGAACAUCGACUACUCGGGCCAGAACCAGCACGGCCCGCAGGGUUACGCCUCGGCCGACGGCAAGACCAAGGUCGACGAGCCCACGGUCUUCGAGGGCACCCUUGACGAGGCCUCAGACCCUUCGCAGAUUGGUGGCGGCCCGGGCAUCUCCACCGGCGCUGAGAUCAACAUCAUGACCGGCCAGAAGUGCGACGGCCAGUGCCUCGGCUUCUCGGGCGACAACGACUACCAGGGCUGGAACGGCGGCAAGAAGGCGUUCGUGACCGAGGUCAAGAUGCCGCAGGGCAGCAAGCCCAACCAGCCGGCCAUCUGGAUGCUCAACGCGCAGGUCAUGCACUCGAACCAGUACGGCUGCAACUGCCGCGGCAUGGGCCCCGUGGGCGGCUGCGGUGAGCUCGACAUCGCCGAGGUAAUCGAGACCAACGACGCGCGCGACAAGGUGACGACCCACUACUACUUCUACGACGGCUCGGUGCUGAGCCCCGGCGGCGACAACUUCGCCCCGCGCCCGUACGACUCGACCACGGUCUACGUGACGCUCAUCGACGACUCGAACGACGGUCUCAUCAAGAUCGUCGAGCUCGACAGCUUCGACUUCUCCAUCACGGAGCUCGGCUCGCUGUACCAGAAGCUCGUGGACUGCUAA